AUGGAAACCAAUCAAAAAUGCGAGGAUGGACUGACUGGCACGCAGAAAGAGGCUGUACUGCGCGCUCUCAUCCAGAGCACAGGAUAUCAAUUGCAUCAGGAAAACGGCCAGAGGAGAUAUGGAGGUCCACCGCCUGGUUGGGAAGGCCCACCACCAGAGAGAGGCAGCGAGAUCUUUGUGGGCAAAUUACCUCGAGACCUCUUUGAAGAUGAGCUGGUACCACUUUGUGAAAAAUUUGGCAAAAUAUAUGAAAUACGGAUGAUGAUGGACUUCAAUGGGAACAACCGAGGUUAUGCUUUUGUCACCUUCAGUACCAAACAAGAAGCCAAGAAUGCCAUGAAACAACUCAAUAAUUAUGAAAUCAGGAACGGUCGUCUCCUGGGUGUGUGCGCAAGUGUGGACAACUGCCGCCUGUUCGUGGGAGGCAUCCCAAAAACCAAGAAAAAAGAUGAGAUCCUGGCUGAGAUGAAGAAGGUGACGGAUGGUGUGGUGGAGGUGAUCGUUUACCCCAGUGCCGCUGACAAGAGCAAGAAUAGAGGAUUUGCCUUUGUGGAGUAUGAGAGCCACCGUGCUGCAGCCAUGGCCAGGAGGAAACUGCUGCCAGGCCGGAUCCAGCUGUGGGGUCAUGCCAUCGCUGUAGAUUGGGCAGAGCCAGAAGUGGAAGUGGAUGAGGACACAAUGUCCACUGUGAAGAUCCUCUACAUCAGGAACCUGAUGCUGGCCACAACAGAAGAGACCAUUGAGCAGGAGUUCAAUACCAUCAAACCUGGUGCAGUGGAGAGGGUGAAGAAGAUCAGGGACUAUGCUUUUGUUCACUUCGCUCAGAGAGAGGAUGCCAUUGCUGCUAUGAAUGCACUGAAUGGAAAGGUGAUUGAUGGCUCUCCUAUAGAAGUGACGCUGGCCAAGCCAGUGGAUAAGGACAGUUAUGUGCGUUACACUCGUGGCACAGGGGGACGAGGGGGCGCUCUGCUGCAGGGUGACUACACCUACACACUGGGUCAGAUCUAUGACCCCUCAGCCGCAUACCUGGGUGCACCAGUGUUUUAUGCUCCUCAAGCUUACACAGCUCUGCCCAGUCAUUUCCGCUUCCCCACUGCUAAAGGGCAUGUGAGCACUCGGGGUUUGGUGCGUCCGCCCUCUGUCAGAGAAAUUUACAUGAAUAUGCCUGUAGGGGCGGCAGGUGUGCGAGGGCUGGGCGGUCGAGGCUACCUCGCCUAUGCGGGCGUGGGCCGUGGCUGCCCCACAUAUCAGCUAAAGUCUGACAAACACCCUGAGGACAAACUCUACGACCUUCUCCCCGGCAUGGAGCUCACACCCAUGAACCCCGUCACCCUGAAGCCACAGGGAAUCAAACAUGCUCCACAGAUCUUGGAGGAUAUUUGCCAGAAGAAUAACUGGGGACAGCCAGUGUACCAACUUCACUCUGCCAUUGGUCCAGAUCAAAGGCAACUGUUCCUGUACAAAAUCACCAUCCCUGCUCUGGCCACUCAGUACCCUAACAUACACCCAUUCACCCCAGCUAAACUGUGUGCAGCAGUGGAUGAAGCCAAAGUCCAUGCAGCGGAGCACACACUGCAGACUUUGGGUCUACACACAGAGGGCGCCAAUACUUCUGCUGUUGCUGCUGCAGCCACUGCUGCUGUGGCAUUUCCAGGUUAUGCAAUCGCCAACACUGCUGGCACUGUGGCUGCUUCUCAGCUCAAACAAACCCUGUCUCUGGGGCAGGACCUGACAGCCUACACCACCUACGAGGGUUAUCCAGCAUUCACUGUCACCACCCGUGGAGAUGCUUACGGAGUGUUCUAA